AACGCAACACCGGAACUGGUUCGGAGGGAAGGAAACGCUGCGCUGAGAAGUUAGAGUUGUAAAACAUAGGGACCGGUGCUAUCUGGGGCCUGCACAUGCAAUGUAACCUGACCACGCGUUUAUAGAUCAGUCGACCGUGCAAGCGUCCUUGUUAUGACUCUCAUAUUUUACACUGAAAGAAAUAAGAGGGACGCCACAAACCGGUAGACCCGAAACAAUUUCCCGCGAGAUGGACGUUGAGCUAAACUAGGAGGAAUAACUUAGCUAAUUUUGUUAUUUUUGCUAACGUUAGCUGUUACCUUUCACUCAAUACUACAUAGCUUCUAGCUGUAUUUCCAGAUACGUGAGUCGGAGUUAACUCUGUAUGCUUCAAUGUAACUAUCCAGCUGUAAACUUACAGUUUAUCCUAAAUGCUCAUAACAUAACACACACACGUUAGUACCAUGGACAGAGAGUGUGCUUCGCUGCUGCCCAGUGUGUGUGAGGUACUGGCGGACUCAGGGAGGUCUGUGCCCGAUGACACCAGCCUGGAGAAACUGUUGGACUGGUUUACAGAGCUCACCGAGGCUGGAGGAUCUCUGCUGGAGGCUUGCCCAUGUCUGCUCAAAUUCAUAUCCACUGUGGUUCACAACACAGCUUCAGACCCUGGUGUCCUCUCCUUCACUCUUAGACUCACCGGCUUAAUGGCUGCCACUGAGGACGGCUUCAAAAUGCUUCAGGAACAAUCUGUUCUGAACCAGGUCUUCAACCUUCAGCACUGGCAAGAAGCAGGACUCUGGGACGAUCCCUGUUUACGGAUCGGCUGGAUCCAGGGCUUAAGGAGCACGCUGCAACACCCAAAGGCUCUCAGGUUCUUUGUACAAUCAGAUUUCAUUGAUUCGCUGCUACAACUCCAGACAGACACAAGUCUAUUUGUUGCCUCAGCUGCCAAUCAGAUGCUCGCCCACAUCCUGCUCUUCUUUCAGAAAGUCUUGUCUGCAGGAUCUAACGGCGUCAGUAAGACAGAAGAAGAAGAUGAGAGGAGGAUCCAUCACUCCGUCACAGACUUAGAACCCCCAGCCGUCACCAUGGAAACCAGCGCAGAGUACAGUGCUGUUGUUAAGGGGAUCUCAGAGUACCUCAAGGAGUCUCUGAUUCCCAAAGAAAAGACAAAGCUCCAUCAGAGUCUGCAGAUACUCAAACUUCUGGCCCUGCUCCUGGCCCAGGCCGGACCUCCUCUCCGGGACAAGCUGCUCCAGACAGUCACAGACUCUCUGGAGCAACUGGUGACAGCAGGCUGCAGUCGGCUCACGCUGCCUCUGAUGGAUGUCAUUCUGGCUGCAAACAGGUAGACUGGCUCUCUCAUAUGAACACAAACACAGUGUAACAUGGGAGCAUUCAGUUUACAGACAGCACAAACCCGCUGUCAUGCUGCAGCUGCUUUGCUGCGCAGAGGUCACCAUGAUACAGUCCACACAGCCCGGGCUGUGAGAAUACUACUGCUCCCCCUCGACAUUAUAACUGGUCCGACUCUACUGGGCACAAACGCCACUGCAGACGAGCAUCCGUUUUCAGUGGUAGAGCAGCUGAAGAGUAAAACCUCCUGCAUCUCUAUGAUCUGUGUCUGUCUGACAAACACACCACAGAUCACACUCACGCUUCCUGGCGUCCUCCCCUGUCCUCCAGUUUUGAUUGUCACUGCAGUUGUGUCAUUGUUAAGGAUCUGCAGUGGCACCUCUUCCUCCUCAUCCACUGUUUGCAGCGAGGUUUGCAGGAACGUAAUCGGCAGUGGCAAAGUCCAGAAAUGUGCCCUAGAGGCUCUGACGGCUCUCAACAGCAGCCCAGGAGUGAAGGAGAAGAUCAGUGAAGUGUUCACAAUUCUGAUACAAUAUCUGGACAAUCCUGAUUCUGACCCCACUGUACUCCACAAGUCCUACCAGGCCUUAGUAAAGUGGAUCAGAGCGUGCACUGACCUCUCGUUAAUAACAGACCAGCUCAGACAAGAUCUGGUGGAGGUAGUGAGGAAGCGUGCGUGUGACAUGCGUUGGGAGGUGAGGGACUCGACGGUGGAGUUUCUGGGACACCUGGCCGGUGUGCAUGUCUCCGUGUCAUCGGGCGAGGAGGUGUGUGAUGCGUCCGAGGCUCUGCUGGGCGGCUGCUGUACCACUCCUCUCCUGAGGGAGGCCCUCCAGGAUACAGAGAGUUAUGUGAGAGCCAGCGCCAUCUCUGCACUGGCAAAGACCCUGACGCACAGCUGGCGACAGGGGGCAGCACUCACUCAGGACCAGACUGAAAUAGUGAGCCGGCUGCUUGAAAUCCUCUCCCAGGACACAGAGGGAUUCCCCAGGAGGGCUGUCGUACAAUACUUCAUCUCCUGGUUCUUUUCACGCUCCUCACACUCGCCUCCAUCGUCCUCCACCUCCUCCACUUCUCUCCUGAUGGAAUGUGUGCGCACCGUCCUCUCCCAGGGCAGCGCCGAUUUGGACUGGGAGGUCAAAGUUCACACGCUGGAGCUGGCUGAGCUGCUGCUGGACCAAGCCUUUUCAGCUCACCGCGGUUACAGAAAGGGGUCCGAUGCACAUCGUGCCCUCCAGCACCCCUAUGGUGUAGUUUCUGAUCAGGCCUACGCGCUUCACACACACACCGGCACGCACACAGAGGGCGUGCAGUCCGAUCUGGCCCAUGUGGUCGAGCAGGGAGUCAUCUCAGCGUUGUUGAGCGGUCUGGUUGACUGCGAUAGACCUGUGGCUCUGAAGGCCUGUCGACUGCUGAUAACACUCAGAGAGACGAUCUGCCCUCUGUCGCUAGGGGCGCUGGAUGCAACUGCUGCCACGGCAACAGUAUCCUGCGAACUGCUUGGCAGGGGCUGGGGCCAGGAGAUCACAAAGAUACUGGGGAUGGAGAAGAGCGAUCGGGCCAGAGAGGCGGACGUCUCGGCACAGAGAAGUUCCGGCGCAGCAGAUGGGGGAGGAGACAGCGUGACCGUGAGCGUGUGCGAGGUGUUGAGGUCUCUGGGUUUAGACGAGAGGCUGGACGUCCUGACUCAAAGCAGCGACCACAUCCACAACUCUCCCCUCUCUCUGCUGCAGGACAUACUGACUGCGAGCGGCGCUCACACUCAUCCAGACACAAAGCCGGGGCAAGAGGUCAUAGUGGACUGCUACUGACACACACACACACACACACACACACACACACACACACACACACACACACACACACAAACACAGGGUUGGGCAUCGUUUUGGAUUUUAACAAUUCUGAUUCCAAUUCCGAUUCUUCCUUUUCGAUUCCGGUUCUUAUCGAUUCUGGGGUGGAGUUGAAACAGGUCACAUGCCUAUUUUCACAAAUAAGAGGACACUUUUAUUUCGAUUCCAUGGUGAUUUGCAGUUUUACCGGGCUUUUUCAACGUAAAAUAAAGCCACGCUAGAGCGCUGCUUACUGGGCUCCAAGGCUGCAACACAACAAGCGCCUGGCCGCUAUGGAAA